CAUGAAUGUAAACAAACCGACGAUUGUCUGAAAUGUCAUCCAAAGAGCGGUGAUAUCUUGGGCUGCGAUGGAUGUGUUGGCCACCAACAGGUCGGGCACGGGAUCCGAGUACCUGUCGCUGGACUUCGGGCCCUUCGAGUCCGUCCAUCGGUGGCGUCGAUGCGGUGAAUGCGAUGAGUUUGUGGGCAGUCGUCGGUCCAAACACACAAUCGUCUCAUACAAGUCCUCCAUCUAUGUCUUCGGCGGUGACAACGGCAAGCAUAUGUUAAACGAUUUGCUCCGGUUUGACGUGAACGACAACUCGUGGUGUCGGGGCAUCACUUUAGGAGUUCCGCCCACCAGUCGCUACCAUCACUCGGCCGUUGUCUACGAGAACUCUAUGUUUGUCUUCGGCGGCUAUACGGGAGACAUACACUCGAACUCCAACCUAACCAAUCGGAACGACUUGUAUGAGUACCGGUUCACGAGUGGCCAUUGGACUGAAUGCAAGUUCGAGUCCAAGACAAUGCCUGUCCCGCGAUCAGCGCAUGGAUGUGCUGUCUAUGACCAGAAACUGUGGAUAUUCGCGGGCUAUGACGGCAACGCGCGUCUCAACGACAUGUGGACAGUGCCGCUGACGGGCGACCACAGGGAUCGGGUGUGGGAAGAGGUGCAGCAGUCGGGUGACUGUCCGCCCACGUGCUGUAACUUCCCGGUAGCCGUCGCUCACGACUCGAUGUUUGUGUUCAGUGGACAGUCCGGCGCUAAGAUGACUAACGAUUUGUUUCAGUUUCACUUCAAAACCAAAUGUUGGACGAGAAUAGCGACCACUGAACACAUCCUGAGGGGAGCCCCUCCACCACCCACUCGGCGUUACGGCCACACAAUGGUUGCCUUUGAUCGACACCUGUAUGUGUUUGGAGGCGCCGCCGAUUCCACACUUCCCAGCGAUUUGCACUGCUUUGAUUUGGACACCAAUACGUGGUCUGUAGUGCAGCCAUCCAUUGACAGUGAGAUCCCUUCGGGCCGUCUCUUUCACGCG